AUGGCGAGAUCCAUGGGAGUUGCUGUUUAUGGUCGAUCGCUUCGUAGCGAUCAUCGACCUGCGCUGACCAACGAAGAUUUCGGUACAUCCUCAGACGAUGAUCGCUACCUUGGAAUGUAUAUGCAGGGCAUAAAGUGGCGAAAUGGACGGUCCAGAUCUGAUGGUCCAAGCCCGUAUCAGCCUUCUCGAUCUCGCUGGCUUCCACCCUUCCGCUCUCUUCUCAGUUUCUCACCGUGGAUCAGCGCAUCAGAGUUUGCGAGAAUUCGACGCCGCCGACGAAGCGUGGCUGAGAUGGCAUCCUCGUCUUCGAUUCCAACUGCCUCCGCGGCGGUGGGGAAGCUCUCCUCCUCGUUGCCCCCUGCCGCCGCCGCUGCUCCAAGCCAGCCUGCCCUUAGGGUCUCCUUCCGUUUGUCAUCGGUGCCCGCGAAGCUCGUCUUCCGGUCCUCACAGGCAUUGAAGAUUUGCUCUGGCAGAUCAACCUUUGUUAAAGCGCAAAUGAAUGAGGUUGCCGGCAGUUCUUCAAAUGAUGCAGCACCUGCAAAGUCCAAUGUUGAGAUACCUAGAGCCCAAAGAGAAAGACCCUCCAUCAGUUCCAAUGUCUGGGGAAGCAGUCUCUGA